AUGGAGUUCAUCCAUCCGUUUGAUGCUCUACUCAUUAUAACAACACUGCUCACAGGAACGGUCUUGAUGUACAUUGCUUAUAUGAGAUAUAUCCAUCCCUUGAGCAAAUACCCCGGACCCUUUGUCGCAUCCUUGACCAACUGUUUCAAGGCUUAUCAUGUCUACAAUUUGAAAUUGCAUGAAAAGCUUUUGGAGCUUCACAUGCAGUAUGGACCAGUCGUACGGAUUGGGCCUAAUCAUUUGCAUUUCUGGGAAGGCGAGGCAAUCGCGCCAAUCUACAAAGGAGGCCGCAAUAUGGGAAAGACGGAAUUCUAUGACGCCUUUACGGCAUUCAAUCCCAAUCUUUUUGGUGGUACCAAUGAAGAUGUUCACUCUCUUCGUCGGAGACAGUUAUCUCAUGGCUUCUCGCAGGUCUCGGUUCAAAAACUUGAACCUUUGAUUGAGGGUCAAAUGGAGAUAUUUAUAAAAAAGCUCCGAGCACUUGCAAGUAGCGAGGAGAUAUUUGACUUCAAGAAGAUGAUUUCUCUUUAUGUAUUGGAUAUCUUAGGUGAAGUGGCUUUUGGUAAACCUUUCGGUGUACAAGAAAAGGGAUAUUCAGAAGAACUGCAUGCCAUCAAUGACCACCUUCUACUGGCAGGUGUUAUUGGUGAACUCACUUUCCAAGAUUUCUGGAAGGCCCUAUCAAGAAUUUCCCCAGUGCCAUGGAUGCGACAAUUGAUGAAGAGCAGAAACAAUCUGAAGACAGUUUGCUCAGAUUGCGUCAGUUUCAAGAUGGGAAGCACAUCUCAACGGCCUGAUAUUCUAAAGAGCCUAGUGGAAGCGGUCGAUCCCCAGAGCGGUGCUCGCUUAACUGAACAAGAGAUUAAUUCCGAAGCAUUUGCCGUUCUCGUCGCUGGAUCACAUUCAACCUCAGGCACAUUGACUCUUCUCCUUUGGAACCUGAUCCAAAAUCCAGAAAUGCUUGCAGCUACGACCAAAGAAAUUCAUGAUUCACUAGGGCCUCUUGGUAUUGACCAGAUUUCCUAUCCUAUACAAGGCUUGGAAGCAUCUUUAGAGUACACAAUGGCCUGUGUUAGAGAGAACUUUCGACUAAAUCCAGUUUUCACUAUGCCUCUGUGGCGUCGGGUCGGAUUCACGGGUGGUGUCAACAUUGGCAAGCAUCAUAUCCCUCAGGGGACAAAUGUCUGUAUCUCGAACUACGUCCUACACCACAACCCCGAUAUCUGGGGGUCGGAUCACGAAAUAUACAAACCCAGUCGCUGGCUUGAUGAAUCUUACAACAAGGAAAAAGGAAGAUACUUAAUUCCAUUCAGCGUUGGGCACCGAAUGUGUAUUGGUCGAAAUCUAGCCAUGACAAACAUACUGAAGACCCUUACUACACUACUGGUCCAGUUUGAUUUCAAGCCAGUAGAGACGAAGCAACGAGUGUGCGUCCGCAGUCCAGGAAUAGCCAUCUUUAUUGAGACAUCAGAUGCCUCAGGCAAGCCAUCCGAUCGUAUUGUCGCGAAGGACUAA